UUAUCAUAGAGGAGCCGUAUGAAGCUAAGGUUUCAUGUACGGUUUUGCAAUAGCGGUGGGAGCUGUGAUGUUAUUAUCGACUAUGAUUAUCUAACAGUUCAAGUACAGUUGAUAUAGUAGAAGCACAGCCAAAAUAUGGUUUUUUUGAUGGAAUCUUUGGCGUCAGCCUAUAGGCUUUCUAGUUUUUAGAAUUUCUUCUUUGGCCGAAUGUGAAAGAUUACCCAGAGGGGGAAUUAGUUGCAGGUUAUCGAACCGAAUAUUCCGGUAUCAAAUAUGGUUUCUUUUUUCUUGUUUCUUACUUAUCCUUAUUAGUUUCCUCUUUAUUUGUAACAGUUCUUUACUUAGGCGGGUGGAAUUUCUCUAUUCCCUACAUAUCCACGAUUCUCCCAGUGUAGGAAUCACACUAGUUAUCUUGACCUUGAUUCGGUCAAGCAGUUUUUCCUUACUAUACUCCAGUACGAACAGGAAAAGAAUCUGUGUACUCAACGGUGCAUUAGUAAUUAUCUGGGAUUUCUUUUGCUCUUUAAAGCAAAACGGUGUCUUGACUCUCAAGAAUAGUGCGUGUUAAUAUCCAUGUAGAUAAAGAUAGAGAUAGCAACGAACUGGAUGCAUAGUAAAACUCAAAACUUGUGACUUGUUCUCGUAGGCUAACUAACCAAAUCAUAGGAUCUAACACGAGACCGGAUAAAUACCGCGCCCCCGCCGCGUCUAUCUAUAUAAGCUAAUCCCUCGACCUCAACCGACUCCCAAAUCUCAAUUGCUUUGGCUCUCUCUCUCCCUCCCUUUCGCCGCGUGCGCCGUCCAAUCCAAACCAAUCCCAAGUCCCCACCCGCUCGCGGCGAGCAAAGCAAGAUGAUUUCCCCGGACGCGGCCCGCAACGUCGUCGGCAAUGUCAUCUCCUUCGGCCUCUUCCUCUCCCCUGUGUAAGCUGCCGCCGCCAUCCCCCUCGUCCGCUUGUCUAGUCUACUCUCUAUGGAAGGUGGUUGGUAAUUAGGGUUUGAUUCUGAUGAGGGGGCGCUUGCUUUUUGCUUGUACAUGUGCAGGCCGACGUUCUGGCGGAUCAUCAAGAACAAGGACGUGGAGGAGUUCAAGUCGGACCCGUACCUAGCGACGCUGCUCAACUGCAUGCUCUGGGUGUUCUACGGCAUCCUCUGCGUCAUAUUCGGCUCGGCAAUGUACGCCUCCCCGCUCACCAUCAUGGGUAAAGUGAUCAAGACCAAGAGCGUCGAGUACAUGCCCUUCUUCCUGUCGCUGGUGAGCUUCCUCAACGGCGUCUGCUGGACGUCCUACGCUCUCAUCAAAUUCGACCUCUACGUCACGAUCCCCAAUGGCCUCGGUGCGCUGUUCGGCCUCGUCCUGUACGCCUGCUACUACAAGUCGACCCCCAAGAAGGAGAAGAACGUCAAGCUAAAAUGUGAUUGAAGGCCCGCCCGCUUCCUGGCUCCUUGACUGCAAUAACAAGUGCUAGCUACAGUAAGAACAAGGGAAUCUAGAGACCGAGACUGAAAGAAAAGGCUAGGCUACUUCUAUUCGUUAUUCGUUUCCCAUAUGAUUUUCCAUAUUUUACCAUAAAAAAUAGGAUGUUUUUAGCCAUUUAUUGUUAGUACUGAAAUCAGGCAUAAAGGAUUUUACGGGGGGUAAAGAAGUUAUUUCAACAACGUUCCUGUCAUCAAAUCCUGAUUCAACAAAGCCAUGCCAGCUGUGUUGGUCGUUCCUCCGAUUCAAAGUUCUCUUGGAUUCCAAAAAGCAUCGCUACCCGCAUACUGAAGUUGCUUAAAUCUAUUGAAUUCCACCUCUGCACCUCUUUCUUGGGGCAUAGGUGAACCUAUAAUUGAUAGUAGAGCGUAUGCUAAAUCCCCAACCCUCAUGAUGCACUUCGUUUGAUUCAUUCCGCUUAUCGUACCACUUAGAGCUUUCAAACCCUUUUCUUAGCGCUGCGGUAAUAUGUUGUUAUUUAGAAAUAGGAAUGGUAUGUUUAAUAGCUCGCAUAUGUGUGUUUCAGAUUCUAUAGUACUCGGUUCUUCUGUUCGACGAGUUCUGAUUUUCCUAGGUCUAAUAAUAUGUUUACUGGUUCGUUUUCACCGGAGGAGGCAGCUAGAAAUCCUGUUUUGUCAGUAGGUUGGCGUACAAGGAGGAUAAAGGAAAGCCCGUUUGUAGUUCAAUUCGUUAGAACCAAAUGGCACGUUGAGAAACGAGAACUUCCACAUGCCGAGCAUCAUUACCGUACUGGUGACUUCACCACCUGUUCAACUAUUAGCUUUCUUGCCUUAUCACAAUCGAAUGAAUUGAGACAACCAGAGCAACUGGAACUACUACAUCUGAGAGAGAUGAGGAACCUAACCUACGGUGAAAGCCGAAAGCCUUACGCAUUGCUUUAAGAAUGGGUCUAGCGGGCGUAUGGAAUCCGUGACCCCUAUCUCUUCACUUUCUUAAUUAUGACAGUCAAGUUGAAUCGAUUUUACGGGGUUUCUUACCCGUUUUUCCAGUCUCAGUAAAGUGCCAUCAAUUGGAUGAAAGAAUCCCGCCCUCUAGUCGAGUGUGAAGGGAGGAGAAGAGGGAAGAUGGUUAUUCUUUUUCUUCUAGGCAAGGAAUGGGUAAACGCAGCCCUGUAAGGAGUAGGUAGCUCUCAGCCCUUCCCGGUAUGUAUUCAUUGGUUGCUGUAAGCCCUACUUUCGAUCAAUAAGUAAUACGCGAAGUCGCUAGCUCCACGUGCCAUGCGCAUCCUUCUCUUAA